AUGGCGGAUGAAGCGCAUGUCCGGAGACGGCAAGGGGAUGUCGAGUCGCUCCCCGAUGAAGCCAUCGCGACGGAGACGACGACGCUGCUGAACUCCGAGACGAGCUCUCGGACGCUCCGAAAUGGGUCGCCGGCCGGCAGCAGCGGCCGAGGCCGGGACUCGGACGGAGAGGAGGACCAUGAUGCGCCCAAACAGCACAUCGGCGCCGCUCGGGCCGUCGUUCUGAUGAUCAGCGUCUGGAUGCUCAUCUUUCUUCAGGCGUCGAACACCUCCGGCAUGACCAUGACCCAGUCCGUCAUCGCGGAGGAGCUCAAGGCCUAUGAGGGCGCCAUGUGGUUCACGAGCUCGUACCUUAUCAGCAUGGCCUCUCUGGCCCCUCUGUUUGGCCGGCUGGCGACCAUCUUCCCGCCACGGUAUCUGGUGAUGCCCCUGGGUGGCUGCUUUGCGGUCGGCGGCGUCAUCACCGCCACGGCGCACUCUUUCUGGGUUCUCAUAUUUGGGAGGAUCGUGACAGGCAUGGGCGGUGCCGGCAUCAUGACCUUGUCAGUAAUUCUGGUGCUGGAGUUGGUCGACAAGAAGAGGCGGGGUAUUUUUGUCGGGCUGGUAAAUGCCGGCUUCACGAUCGGGCUGUCGUUUGGUGCUGUUGUGUACGGAGCGCUGUUGCCAGUGAUCGGAUGGAGAGCGCUCUUUGGGGCCCAGACACCAAUGGGCAUCCUCGCCGGUCUCGGCGCCUUCCUCACCAUCCCCAAGACCCUCAGCUCGGAGCAGGAAACGAAAGCGCAAGGCAGGUCGGUGACCCAGAAGUUGGCCCGUAUCGACUAUGCCGGCGCCUUCGCACUCGUCCUGACAAUCUCCCUCUUCCUCUACGGUCUUUCCGGCGACAUCCAGUACCUCCCCAUACUCCUCUCACUCUCAGGACUCGCCCUCUUCGUCCUGAUCGAGUUCAAAGUCGCAACCGACCCCAUCAUCCCCAUCGCCAUCCUCUCGUCCCGCGGCGUCCUCUUCUCCUGCGUCGCCCAGCUCUUCUUCAUGUCCAUCCGCUGGACCCUGCUCUACUACACCCCCAUCUUCGUGCUCGCCGUGCGCGGCUACGCCCCAGCCAUCGCGGGCUCUAUCCUCAUCCCCACAAACAUCGGCUUCGGCUCCGGCGGGCUCAUCGUCGGCUGGCUCCACGUCCGGCGCAACGGCGCCUUCUGGCUGCCCUCCGUCGUCGCGCUGUCGUGCUUCGCGGUCACCAUGUUCGGUCUCUCGCUCACCGCCACCGCCGACGGCGCCCUCUGGACCCUCGUCGCCGCCGUUGUGCUCAACGGCCUCGCCACCGGCGCCACGCUCAACUACACCCUCGCGCACCUGCUGCACCUCAGCGCGCCCGCGGAGCACUUCAUCUCGACCAGCCUGCUGGGCACCUUCCGCGGCUUCGGCGGCAGCUUCGGCACGGCCAUCGGCGGCGGCGUGUUCUACCGUCUGCUGCGCUCGGGGCUGGUCGAGAGCUUCAUGGAGCUUGACGGCAAGGGGAGGCUCAGCGCCGCGAGGGAGGAGCUGAUUACGAAGCUGAUUGGGAGCCCGGCGCUGGUGUUCAACGGCGGGCUGGUGCCGGCGGAGCACGCCAUCGCGGUGGAGAGGUACGCAGGCGCGUCGAGGGGUACGUGGCAGGCUGCUGCUGCGUUGGCUGUUGUUGCGGUAUUGAUCCAGGCGGGGACGGGGCGGACGAGUCCUGUCGGGCAGAAGGAGGUUGACGAUGAGACGGAGGCGAGGGCGGCGUUGAUGGAGAAUGAGGGCGUCGGGGAGGCUUAG